UGAGUUCUGUGACACUGUAACAAACUUGAGGUUGUCUUGUUUGACGAGGUUAUCUCUAUUAUGUUACGGGAAGAAAGUUCAAGUCUCUAAUAUACCACUGAUUUUGAAGAAUGCAGGAUUCGAACUUGAGAAGGAGGACUGUGAGGACCUGAUGCAGCUUCUACACACUGAUGAGAACAAACUGGUUGAAUUAAAUAUGUUAUUUGAUAAAGCAAAAACUUUUACUGGGGAGAAGGUUGACGUUGGUGAUCUGAAAAACGUGCUGAGGAAAAUGGGCCUGGUGCUCCCUGACAAUGUGUACAAGGAGCUGCAGCAAGCUCUGUCAGUUUACACUGGCGGGAAGAUUUAUAAAAGCAGAUUUUUAAAAUGUGUGAAAGAUCUCAAAGGGCCACGAAUCAAAGUAAAAAAAGUAGAAUCUCUCUUGGAAAACAUGGGAAUUAAGGUCAAAGGUGAAGAAUUUGAAGAACUAAUAUCCCAACUUCCACCUGAGGGAAACAAAACAGUGGAUCUGAAUGAACUGUUGGAUAUCGUCAGUUACAUCAAGGGAGAAGCAAUUGACAUGCAGCACCUGUACAAGUUUCUAGCAAAUGAUGGGAUCACGCUCACAGACAAAGAGUUCCAAGACCUGUUUUCUUACCUGGACUUCAACGGAAGCGGGAAGGUUAUCGUACAGUCAAUAAUAGAAGGCCUGAAGAAGAUUAAACCCAAAGAAAUGGCGAAGCUGUACAAGCAAAUGAUAAGUUUCCGCUUCAGGAAAGACAGAGUUUCUGACCAAAUGGCAGUUUCAGAAAUUAAAGCCACAAUGAAGCUAAAGCCCUUAAAAGCUCCUGUCCUUCACAAGAGAGAUAAAGAUUUGCGAGGAUCUUUCUCAGACCAUUUAAAACACAAAGAAUCAAAGCUGAGUCCUGCACAACUGGAAGCCUUCCAUAAUGCUUACAACUUCUUCACCAAGGAUAGAACUGGCUGUAUUGAUUCACAUGGAUUGAUGAGCACCAUAGCAAAACUGGGAAUGAAUCUAAACACGUAUGAUAUCUACAAUGAAUUAAAAUGUGCUGAUCUCGACAGGGACGGUAAGAUCAACUUCUCAGAUUUUAUAAAUGUGCUGACAGAUAAGAAACUCUUCCUCAAGGCUGUGGUUCCAGAAAAGAAAAUAUGCUUAGAUUUUGCUAACAACCCAGGAAUCUUGUUGUUUGAAAUCCUAUCAAAAUUUGUAGAAACGUCGGCCCUGCACAGAAAGGAUAUAAUAGAGCUAGUAAGCUAUUUCCGAAAAAAGUUCCAGGAGAGCCACUCAGAAAUACUGUGGAAUUCGUAUGGGAGAAGGGGCCUAAAGACAGAGAUAUGCUCUCCCCCUCGCUCAAGCACUGCUGCCUUUGCCAACUCUGCUAGGAUCUCCAUAAUGAAAGAAAGGGAUUUGUAUAAGUUUCUUGAAGCCCUCAAACGGUGUAAUCUCCCUACAGAUAGCCCAUACUCAAAAAUACCUGUGUUUCCGUUGUUUCCUGAUGUGGAUGCUACGGUGAUGGGAAAACCAUUUAAAGACACACAAAAAACAGAGAUGCUGAGGAGAAAGGAGCCCCUGAUCUUCUUUGAGGACUAUUUUUUCAAUAAAAGAGAUUGGAAAACACAGGCCAUGAAUGUGAAACCUCUCAAGUCUGCCUCAGGCUAUUCGGAUGACAUCUUAGCCAUUGACCACCUAUUCAAGAAAAAGCAACAUUGGACCGUGACUGAUGCGGCUGCUAUCAAACAGCAUGUAAAGAAAGCCACAGAGAGUUAUAACUUAGGAAUCGCCCUUGACCACCGAAAAGAAAUGCUGAACCUCUGGAAGAAGAUUCGAGGGGAUUUGGUUGGGAUCGAAAGCAACAAUGAGUCCUUUUACAACACCUUUUCGACCUACACCUGGUCCUGGAAUGUCUGCCAAGAGCUGCUCUCCGCUAAGGACCUCCGCUUGCACGACGCCAGCAUGAACAAGAGUUCCCCCUCCAACUCUGGGUUAUCUUCCCCGUCGGACCUCAGUGAGUCCGACCCGGAGACGGGGAGGAAGAGGAAACGGAAAAGUUCCAGAGGGUUUCGGCAAUGAAAAGCCUACGUUUCUAAGCAGCUCUUC